AAGAGGGGUUGUGGCGUCUGGGCAGGAAUGAAUGUUUUCUUCAGUUAGCUCAGACAUCACACCUCCCUGUUGCUUUCUCACAACGGCUCGACUUCAGAGCGGGACGGGCAGGAGACAGGGUGGGGCCUCCUCACCAGCCAGUGAUCUCAUUGGAACAGCGUGUGCGUGUGCACACUUUCCUUCCUGCCUGGCGAGUGUGGGUUUUGGAAGGCAUAUGCAGGGUGCGUGUGGGGCUCAGUCACUGUGUGGAGUAGCGCAGCAGAGAGCUGAGUGCUGCCUGGCUCCUGCAAAACACAGCCAUCGCCACGGAGAAGCGACGCAGUUAAGCCUAGACUGUCUUAACUCUCUCGCGCUCUCUUUCUAGUCUUCAGGAGCUCCAGUGGAGAAUGACCCUCUGGGUUCUCUUCCUCCAGGAUGGGAGAAACGUCAAGAUAAUGGCAGAGUCUACUUUGUCAACCAUAAUACACGAACCACGCAAUGGGAGGACCCUCGAACCCAAGGGAUGGUGCAGGAGCCUCCGUUGCCCCCUGGCUGGGAAAUGAAGUACACCUCAGAGGGCGUGCGAUACUUUGUGGACCACAACUCUCGCACCACCACCUUCAAAGACCCGCGGCCAGGAUUUGAGUCAGGCUCUCGUCAGGGUGGGUCUCCUGGUGCAUAUGACCGCAGCUUCAGAUGGAAAUAUCACCAGUUCCGCUUCCUGUGUCAUUCCAAUGCUCUACCCAGUCAUGUGAAGAUCUCCGUAUCGAGGCAAACUCUGUUUGAAGACUCAUUUCAGCAGAUCAUGAACAUGAAGCCAUAUGACCUGCGCCGUAGACUCUACAUCAUCAUGAGGGGGGAGGAGGGGCUCGACUACGGCGGCAUCGCCAGAGAGUGGUUCUUCCUGCUCUCCCACGAGGUCCUGAACCCCAUGUACUGUCUAUUUGAGUAUGCUGGUAAAAAUAACUACUGUCUGCAGAUAAACCCAGCCUCCUCCAUCAACCCAGACCACCUCACCUACUUCCGCUUCAUUGGUCGCUUCAUUGCCAUGGCACUCUACCAUGGGAAGUUCAUCGAUACGGGCUUCACGCUUCCCUUCUACAAACGCAUGCUGAAUAAGAAACCCACUCUGAAGGACCUGGAGUCCAUUGAUCCAGAAUUCUAUAACUCCAUCAUGUGGGUGAAGGAGAAUGACCUGGAGGAGUGUGGGGUGGAGCUGUAUUUCGCACAGGACAUGGAGAUCCUGGGGAAGGUCUCCACCCACCAGCUGAAGGAUGAUGGAGAGAACCAGCUUGUCACCCAACACAACAAGGAGGAGUACAUUGGUCUGCUGACAGACUGGCGUUUUACUCGCGGAGUGGAGGAGCAGACUAAAGCCUUCCUGGACGGCUUUAACGAGGUUGUGCCUCUCGAGUGGCUCCGAUACUUUGAUGAGAAAGAGCUGGAGCUGAUGCUGUGUGGGAUGCAGGAGAUUGAUCUGAGUGACUGGCAGAAAAACACCAUCUACCGCCAUUACACCAAGAACAGCAAACAAAUCCACUGGUUCUGGCAGGUUGUGAAGGAUAUGGACAACGAGAAGCGAAUUCGUUUGCUGCAGUUUGUUACAGGAACCUGUCGACUGCCAGUGGGAGGCUUUUCUGAACUGAUAGGGAGUAACGGACCCCAGAAGUUCUGCAUAGACAAAGUGGGAAAGGAGACAUGGCUGCCCAGAAGUCACACCUGCUUCAACCGCCUGGACCUGCCACCAUAUAGAAAUCUGGAGCAGCUGAGGGAGAAGCUUCUGUUUGCUAUUGAGGAGACGGAGGGCUUUGGGCAGGAAUGAGCACUCGGAGCAGGGCGGGGCCAUGGGGCAGAACCAGGGGUGGGGCCAAGAGGGGUGGGACACCAACCAUUACUCCACCCACUGCUGGAAUUGGAGUGAAUCAGUAGGAGGGAAGGCUUUAUGGCAAUAGUAAAGAUGCACCAUUUUCCAUCACAGAUAUUCAGUCACUUUCUAAAGCUCAUUUGAAAACAGCCAUAGUUAACCAAAGUGCUACAGAAAUGGUCUAAGGUUAAGAAAAUUUUAAAAAUUAAAUCACACUUGUGUAUACACUUAAGAGACCACACAACCAUAACACGACAACACACAUCAAUAACAAAAAUGACAAAGCAAUAAAAAAAUGAAAUAAAACACAAAAUAUAAAUUAAAAAAAUUAAGUAACCUGGGCACUGUAGGCAAUUCAGGCACAUAAACCCAGGAACAGAGAAAUGUUUUUAAGGUGAGAUUUACACCUGUUUUAGCACGAAGAUAUUGAUCUUCACGUUAUUAACAGCAGUUGUUGUUGAAAGUCUGGUGGCACUACAAAGCAAUUUCCUCUUUACCAUGGCAACAGUGCUUACUGAUUGUUCUGUGACCUGACUGGUCAUGGGACCUUCAACAAGUCAGUAAAUGCCAGACACAAAUGAAAUGUGAAAAUGAUACUUUUUGUAUCUUCAAGCAUCUAGAGGGCAGUAGAGAGCCUGAGUCCAAAAGAGCCCCUACCCCUCCGUAUGCUCCAGACCACCAGAAUCACAACCUACAAAGCAAAUUUUGAUAAAUAAUUUUACAAUACAUUGCAAACUUCAGAAACAGCACAGCUAGAGUAAAUGCACCAUAUUUUCAUCUUAUGGGAGAAAAUAUUUUACAGGAGCAGAGUUGUGAGAGAAUGUAAAAGACUUGGGACAAAUGUAUUUUAUUUCUCUGGUUUGUUUUAUGUUUUGUUAAUUUUGAAAUAAUUGGUAAUUCUGUACAGAACAAAAUCAAAUGAGAAUAUACGUGUUGUUUGGAACAAAAGGGUGGUACAAAAAUCCCUGAUUAAAAACUGCGUGUACAUAU